CAGUUGAAAUGAUUCUUCAGCUAUUUCUUAUCGUUCAGUUCUCUCUGGGCUUUGGCCAGGAGAUUGGCUCCCUGCGUAUUAUGAAUGGCUUUACGGCCAAGGAUAAACAGUUGCCUUAUCAAGUAGGUCUUCUCUGCUAUUUUGAAGGUUCCAUGGAUGAACCAAAUUUGUGCGGCGGCACUAUUCUUAGCAACCGGUGGAUUGUAACCGCUGCUCAUUGCCUUCAGGAUCCCAAGACUAAGCUCUCAAAAGUGUUGAUAUACGUCGGCAGUCUCAAAACCAAUGGUAAAGAAAUCCUGGUCAACAGAAGUAACACCAUCGUGCAUCAGAAGUUCGAUCGUAAGACCGUAGCCAACGAUAUAGCCCUGAUAAAGUUGCCCAAGAAGCUCACUUUCAAUAAGUAUGUACAACCGGCCAGGUUGCCCAGCACCAAGUACAAAUACACAGGUCGCACCGCUAUUAUAUCAGGAUGGGGUCUGACCACCAAGCAGCAGCCAAGCAAGUGGCUUCAGUACAUCCGGGUGCCCAUCAUCUCGAACAAUGAGUGCGAGAGGCAGUGGAAUAGGCAGCUCAAUGGAAAGGGCAGGAAGGUCGUACCGUACUCCUUUAUUUGCAUCGAUUCCAAGAAGGGUCUGCCUUGUCGUGGGGAUUCCGGAGGUCCGAUGGUCCUAGAUGAUGGCUCCAGAACUCUGGUGGGAAUUGUAUCCCACGGAUUCGAUGGCGCGUUUAAGAAGAGACUGCCAGACAUAUCGACUCGAGUAUCUUCGUUUUUGAAGUGGAUUAAAUACUACUCAAAUGGGCUUAAGUAAUGGAGGUGUAACUUAAUUAAAAAACGAAUCUCUUUUCAAA